CCCCUCCCAAAUGCACCUGCUUCAGGUGAGCAGCAGUAGCAGCAGUAGCCUGUGUCUUGCCCAGGCGAAGGGUUUCGGUGGGGAUAUGACUGCGUGCCUUUUCUCGCGUGGGUGAACGCGCGGCUUUUAAGUCAAGAGGAGCUUUUCCAACCAGGGACGCUCGGCAAAAUGAACAAUCCCAUACCUUCCAAUUUGAAAUCGGAAGCCAAAAAGGCAGCUAAGAUUUUAAGAGAAUUUACUGAAAUAACCUCCAGAAAUGGUCCUGACAAGCUCAUACCUGCCCAUGUAAUUGCCAAAGCAAAAGGCCUUGCAAUCUUGUCUGUUAUCAAAGCAGGAUUUUUGGUAACAGCUCGAGGAGGCAGUGGGAUAGUACUAGCUCGCCUGCCUAAUGGAGGCUGGUCUGCUCCUUCUGCCAUAGGAAUUGCUGGCCUUGGUGGUGGAUUUGAAAUAGGUAUUGAGGUAUCAGAUCUUGUAAUAAUAUUGAACCAUGAAAGAGCAGUUGAAGCUUUUGCAAAAGGUGGAAAUCUUACUCUGGGAGGAAAUUUCACGGUGGCAAUUGGACCUUUAGGGAGAAAUCUAGAAGGGGAUGUGGCACUGCGGAGCUCUGCUGCUGUGUAUACCUAUUGCAAAUCUCGAGGACUAUUUGCUGGAGUCUCUUUGGAAGGAACUUGCUUAAUUGAAAGAAAAGAAACCAACAGCAAGUUCUAUGGCCGAGAUAUUCGUGCCAGUGCCAUUCUGUUUGGUGAUAUUUCCCCUCCUCUUCAGGCACAAGAUCUUUAUGAUAUCCUUGAGUCUUUUACUCUUCAAUAUGAAGUUGAGGAAGGGAGAAGCUAUAGUACUGCACCAGUGGCCAAAGAACCAAGAAAGAAUUAUGUAAAGCAACAGCCAAGUAGAACACCACAGAACAUUCCACCAGAAGCUCCAAGAACAUCAAACAGACUUUAUCCUGAGCUUCCCAAGAGCUACACUGCAAUAGAAAACUCCAAGUUCAAUCCUACAAUUGUGACAGCCAUAUAUCCCUUUCAAGGACAGCAACCAGGAGAUUUGACUUUUAACCUUGGAGACAAAAUCAAGGUCACAACAAAAACAGAUUCCCAAUUUGAUUGGUGGGAAGGAAGUUUACAUGGCAGAACUGGCAUUUUUCCUGCUAAUUAUGUAACACUGAACUAAAGUAUUUACUUAAAAAUGGCCUUAUACUUUUGAUUAGUAACCUUUUCUUAAGUAAACAUAAGACUGGUCAUUUUAUACUUUUUUGAUUCAGUUGAAUAUGGGCUCCUGUAGGAAAGAUCCAUUAAAGCCCUCUUUUCAUGGUCUUAACUUCCAUUGCAGCCCCAUAUUUUACGGAAAGGAGAUUGUAGAGAACAGAAAAGUCACAUACUGUAUGUCUCCUAUAUUCUGUUUUCCAUUCUAAAGCUAGAUAUUGCAUUGGACAGGGACAUGGAAACACUGUUGGAUUCCUGGAAUUCCCCUGUUCUGUUUCAUGCUGCUGUUGGCAUAGGAAAUGAGGGUACUACUGAGAUCCAUAAGGGCUCUUCUAUUUAUCUGGAUCAGGCUUGUUUUACGGGAUCACUCUUGCCAUAUUUUUCAAGCUAUUUUAGAAAAUAAUUC